UGCGCAGCGCGAGUCACCGAGGGGUCUCGUCACUUCCUGUUUCUUUAGGGGAACGUGGCUUUCCCUGCAGCGCCUGUUUCCCUCCCCGCUUGAGCAUACGGAGCCUGGAACUGUAGUUCUGUAGACUCACCCCGAGCGCGGCCUCGCUAUGGACUCAGCCCUCAGCGAUCCGCACAACGUCAGCGCCGAGGCCGGCAGUCCGGCUAACGGCACGACGAGGCCACCCUCCACCCCCGAGGGCAUCGCACUGGCCUACGGUAGCCUCCUGCUCAUGGCGCUGCUGCCCAUCUUCUUCGGCGCCCUGCGCUCGGUACGCUGCGCACACGGCAAGAACGCCUCCGACAUGCCGGAGACCAUCACCAGCCGAGACGCUGCCCGUUUCCCCAUCAUCGCCAGCUGCACGCUCCUGGGCCUCUACCUCUUUUUCAAAAUCUUCUCCCAGGAGUACAUCAACCUCUUGCUGUCCAUGUAUUUCUUCGUGCUGGGGAUCCUGGCCCUGUCCCACACCAUCAGCCCCUUCAUGAAUAAGUUUUUUCCAGCCAACUUCCCAAAUCGACAAUACCAGCUGCUCUUCACGCAAGGCUCGGGGGAAAACAAAGAAGAAAUCAUCAAUUAUGAGUUUGACACCAAGGACCUCGUGUGCCUGGGCCUGAGCAGCAUCGUUGGCGUCUGGUACCUGCUGAGGAAGCACUGGAUCGCCAACAACCUCUUUGGCCUGGCCUUCUCCCUCAACGGGGUGGAGCUCCUGCACCUCAACAACGUCAGCACAGGCUGCAUCUUGCUGGGCGGCCUCUUCAUCUACGACGUCUUCUGGGUAUUUGGCACCAACGUGAUGGUGACAGUAGCCAAGUCCUUUGAGGCACCAAUAAAAUUGGUGUUUCCCCAGGAUCUGCUGGAGAAGGGCCUCGAAGCAGACAACUUUGCCAUGCUGGGACUCGGAGAUAUUGUCAUUCCAGGAAUCUUCAUCGCCUUGCUGCUGCGUUUUGACAUCAGCUUGAAGAAGAAUACCCACACCUACUUCUACACCAGCUUCGCAGCCUACAUCUUCGGCCUGGGCCUGACCAUCUUCAUCAUGCACAUCUUCAAGCACGCCCAGCCUGCUCUCCUGUACCUGGUCCCUGCCUGCAUUGGCUUUCCAGUCCUAGUGGCGCUGGCCAAGGGAGAAGUGGCGGAGAUGUUCAGCUACGAGUCCUCAGCGGAAAUCUUGCCUCAUACCCCGAGGCUCACCCACUUCCCCACAGUCUCGGGCUCCCCAGCCAGCCUGGCCGACUCCAUGCAGCAGAAGCUAGCUGGCUCUCGCCGCCGGCGCCAGCCGAAUCCCAGCGCCAUCUAUGAGGAGUCAAAUCCUAAGGAUCCAGCUGCAGUGGCAGAAUCCAAAGACAGCACAGAAACGAAAGGGACCGAAAAGAAGGAGAAAUGA